AAGCCAUUUAGUAGGAACCAACUGCACUAAGGACCGUGUCCUGGUGGGGAAGCAAUUCGAGGACGGACCAAUGCUGCCCAAACAUCCGGCAACAACACUGUAACUGUGACGAAGUGAACACAUGUCGGGAAAAGGACAUUCUGCGACGGGAUCUGAUCGGUUUGAAUACCUGCAGACGCUUGUCACUGAGUUUCAGGACACCGACAGUGAUGAGGCGAAAGAGCAAGUGCUGGCCAACUUGGCCAACUUCGCCUAUGAUCCGAGGAACCUGGAGGACCUGAGAACCCUUCAGGUUACUGAUCUCUUCUUGGACAUGCUUACAGAGGAAAAUGAGAACUUUGUGGAGUUUGGGAUAGGGGGUCUAUGUAACCUGAGUAUGGAUCGGGAAUGCCGUGACCAGAUCCUGCAGAGCGACGCAGUCCCCUUGGUUACGGGAUGCCUGUCCAGCCGCCGGGAGGAGACGGUGCUAUCUGCCAUCACCACACUCAUGAAUCUCACCACCGCUGCAUCACGCUCCCAAACCACCGACACCGCAGUGCUACAGUGCAUGCUGCGUUUUUCCAUCUCCCAGAGCCCACGCUUGCAUAACCUGGCCUCUGUGUUCCUCCAGGACUGCUGCACUGAGGAGCAGGUGGCCAGGGCAGAGGCACAGAUGCAGGGACACCAUCCUACAGCACUGGGGAUCCCCUUGCCUAAGGACUAGGCUAGUCUGGAGACAUGAUCGCUAGAUCUGAUGUCUGAUCUCUGAGAAAUUAACAGAGAAUCACAUACACCGAGUGUACAAAACAUUAAGAACACCUGCUCUUUCCAUGGCAUAGACUGACCAGGUGAAAGCUAUGAUCCCUUAUUGAU